CCGUGAGAAUGUUACUUGUAACAUUCAUAAUUUGUCGAGAAAUCUUUAAGAAUCCAGAUUUUCACGAAUGGUUUACCAAAAACACAGUAAAUGCUGUAAUGGUUUCAUCAUUAUCACUUAUUCAUAUUGAAUGUUUAAAAUUACUUGAUGCAAGAGUCGCAGGAUUUGGUAAUUUGAAUGCACCAUUUUCUAAAGUAGCAGAAGGAUUCAUCCUUUGGGGCGUAAUGUGCACGAUUUUUGUUUGUGACUUACCUCAAUUAGCCGUUAUUUAUAGAUCUUCUGUCAAAAAUUAUGAUAUAAUUCCAUUUCUUACAUUAAUAAUGGGAGUCAUAACAAUUUUUCAAAACAUAAUGAUUUUAAUUUUUAAUUUGAUGAAUUCUUUGAGCAAAGAUUCACAGCUAAAAGACGGAAAGUCUCGUAGUAUCGGUAAUGCAUCCUCUAAUAUCCAACAACGACCUGAGAUUAAAGCCCAUAGAAGCUCUAUAGCGAUGGGUCCUAUUGAAAAUGAAAUAGAGUAUUAUGAAGAUGAUGAAUUAAAAGACGCGUUUUCAAGAAGAGCAAAAAGUUGGCAUUGCGCUGAAUCAAGAGAAAGAAAAUCAAAAAGUUGGGAUCAGUUAAUUAGGAAUAGUAGAGAGUUUAAUAAUGAAAGAGACAGUGCAAUCAUCAAGAAGAUUGAGAAAGAAAAAAGGGUUAGUAUUAUCGAAAAUAGGAAUACAUUCGUAGAAGAAAAAGGAAUUAUUAUUAAUAUUGGAAAUAUUGAUGACUCUGAAAAUAACACUGUUAAAGAUGAUGAUAAUACAUGUACCAGCAUUAUGGUCGAAAAAAAUACAAAAAUCAACAAUUAA